GAGGCGGUUUAAGUCCGGGUAGAGGGUCACAGCAGGCGCUCCCACACGUGUGACAACACGGUAAACCUCUUCCUGAAAGACUCAUAUUCAUUCAUGAAAGUAUUAAGCGUAAACUCGACUACUGAACUAACUCGAAUCCCGGCUGAGGAAAUGCCGCUCAAACUGGAAAUUGUAGAGCCUACACCAUCCCAUUGUUGACCCGUUUGUGGAUUUUAGACUACAACUUUUUUUCAGUGAAAUUAGGAAGUGAGAGACCUAUCUGUCGUUCACAGAUCGAAAAGUCCUAGAUGUUUAGUGUUCGCCCAUGAAACAGGUCGAAUUCAGCCACUUUCAGCUUAGUUUACAGUGGUUUAACCCACAGCGUUGACUGCCAACGUUAUACUCCAUGAGUAUAUUUAGCAGACUACUUUAAUAUGACCGAGAAACAACCUUUAGGAGACACCAAACCAAACGACGAUGAUACCAAGGGAGACCUUGUCAAACAGGAGGGGGGUGACGCGGUGCUGCAAGCCGAAGACCCAGGUCAGCUGGACGGUCAUGGAGCCGUGCAACCCACCGGUCUGUACAAACGACGCUGGAUGAUCGUCCUUCUGUUCAGCUCAUAUUCACUGUGCAACUCUUUUCAAUGGAUACAGUACGGCAUCAUCAACAACAUCUUUAUGAAGUUCUACAGCGUGGAUGCCUUCACCAUAGACUGGAUGUCCAUGAUCUACAUGCUGACAUACAUUCCCUUCAUCUUCCCGGUGACCUGGCUCCUGGACAAAAAGGGGCUCCGGGUCAUCGCGCUGGUGGCCACCGCGCUUAACUGUGCAGGCACGUGGAUCAAAGUGGCCAGCGUCAAACCCAACCUGUUCCCCGUCACCUUUCUGGGACAGUUCUGCUGCUCGUUUGCGCAGGUGUUUAUCCUCGGUAUGCCGUCGAGGAUCGCUUCUGUGUGGUUCGGCUCAGAGGAAGUGUCCACGGCCUGCUCCAUCGGAGUCUUCGGGAAUCAGCUGGGUAUUGCCAUCGGGUUCCUUGUGCCUCCUAUCCUGGUUCCGAAUGUGGACGACAUGGACGAGCUGGCUCACCAUAUCAGCAUUAUGUUCUACAUCACAGCAGCAGUGGCUACCUUACUCUUCAUCCUCGUGAUCAUUGUCUUCCAGGAGCGUCCUAAACUUCCUCCGACUCAGGCCCAGGCCACAGCUCGAAGCAUCCCACCUGAGCAGUACUCGUACACGGCUUCUGUCCUCAGGCUGCUCCGCAACCGGCCCUUCAUCCUCCUCAUCAUCACAUACGGUUUGAAUGUUGGAUGUUUCUAUGCUGUCGGCACCCUGCUAAACCGCAUGAUCAUUGAGCAUUACCCUGGAGAAGAGGUGAAUGCUGGGAGAAUAGGCCUCACCAUUGUCAUUGCGGGGAUGGUUGGCUCCCUGAUUUGUGGCAUUUGGCUGGACAAAACUAAAACCUACAAACAGACAACCUUUGCUGUGUACUUCAUGUCUCUGGUGGGGAUGAUCAUCUAUGCUGCUACACUCAGUCUGGGACACCUCUGGGUGGUCUUCAUCACUGCUGGAGCUCUCGGGUUCUUCAUGACUGGCUACCUGCCGCUGGGCUUUGAGUUUGCGGUCGAGCUGACAUACCCAGAGUCCGAGGGAACCUCAUCCGGACUCCUCAACUGUUCAGCACAGGUGUUUGGCAUUAUUUUCACCAUCAGCCAGGGGAAGAUCAUCGACAGCUUCGGCACUCUGGCAGGAAACAUCUUCCUCUGUGUUUUUCUUCUAAUCGGCACAGUGAUGACUGGCCUAAUCAAGUCUGAUCUGCGGAGACAAAAUGCAAACCUGUUGGCCAAAGCAGCAGCGGCGAAGCAGAUGUCAGGACAAGACAACGGAACCACAACGCUAAUCUCCAAUCAACAGCCCCCUCCUUCACAACCCUGAUCAAUUCACCUUUCUGCUUCCACAAAAACAAUCUCCUCAAAUCUUAGCUCGACAUGCAGAUGCACAAAGGUAGGAGCUCAGAAAUCCGCACACACUGCCGGCAAUCAAGAACCUGCUGCACAUCUGUCCACCUGUUCAACCUGCUUGUUCUGUCCUCUUGUUUCUAACUACUUUACAGUAGAUCAAAUUCACAAAAUCAUGUAAAUAUGAAACUUGUUUUCUUACUAAUCCUGUUCUAGAUUAUGUUAUUUAUUGUUAGCAAGGAGACAUGCAUGUGAGUACAAAACCAUGUUCGCUAAUUUAUGAUAGCUUUGUUUAUGAAAUGAAGGCCUUAUUUAUUCAUGUGUGAUUUUAUUAUGUAUUAAUAUACAGGCAUUUUUCAAAAAAGACAUGUUGGCAUGUAAAGCACAGGUGUUAGUUAUUUAAUUGUUAUUGGCUGAAUUCCAUUUAGCUGAAUCAGCUGGGGUUUCUGGUAUAGACAGAGUGAGUUGUGUUGUCAUUCAGGGGUAUAAAACAAAUGGUAGGGAUUAAAAGCAUAUGAGAAAAUCAACAAUUGGAGUUGUUUUUGUGCCUUAAAAAACUCUCUGAGAAGGAAAUAUCUCAGCUAGCACAGAUUGCAGGAUUAACUCCAGUGAGCCAGUCAGAUCUAAUAUAUUUAAUACAGUGUGUGGAAGGCUCUCAGUGAAACUACAGGAACAAUGGACUUUUACUGUGUGUGUGUGUAAAGCCAUUCCAUUGAAGACAUUGCAAUGUUAUUACAUUAAUGUUAAUGACGGUGCAUGCUACGACAUGCCAAAUGUCUACUGUGAAAAAGUCCAAUUGAUGUUCUUUAUUUGUGCAUCUGUGUGUUUUCAUCUGGCAUGUUUUCUGUAACUUGAGCUGUUUUCAUCAAGGUCUGAAUACAGAGUUAAAUUCAAUUAAAGCGUAGUUCAAAUAACUACAUGGAAGCAAUCCUAUUUCUGAAGCUGCUGAAGUAGUUUACAUUGUUCUGUUCUUUUUUACGAGUGUAUCUUUCAAAUUUAAGUCAUUUUGCACGGAAUCCGACCUAAAGGGACAAUUUACCCCAAAAAUAUAACAAAACAAGUUGUUCUUUACUCACUGUAGUAAUAUUUGCACCUUGUGAUUUGGUUACUUAGGAUAAUGCACAGAACAUGUUGUGAGUACUUUAUUCUACCAUAUCACCGUACAGAAGGAACUGGAAUAUACUCAUGGACGAGAGUCUUUCUGAGAGCUAAGAUUACAUUCCAGCAGAGAAGGACGCCAAUAAUAUUUACAUUUUACUCGUGUUUUUUUCCAUGAGUAGAUUCACGCCUACUUCUUCACAGUGAUUCCUUUGGAGGUAUAGUCCAACGGAAAUAAAUGAAAUAUCUUUUGGUGCUUGGAGAACCAACGCUCAGCAUUCGAGACAAAUGGCUCACAUCAACACAAUCUAAAUUGAUAAAUUACUGUUUUCUUUGUUAAGGGGUGAACUUACCUCUCCUACCUAAAAUCUCGAGUGAAAGAAAGAAAACGUCUUUAUUGAAUCCGUAACACUGUUGACUUAACAAGCCUGUUUUGAUUGAUAGGGACCUUCCGACUAUCUCAAUGGGAGCGUGGCAUCAUCGUCUAUCAUCGAAGAAGCCAAGCUUUAGAGGCCACACACACACACACACACACACACACACACACACACACACACACACACACACACACACACACACACACACACACACACACACACACACACACACACACACACACACACACACACAGUACAAGCCUUGAAAAUGACCAUGAUCUCCUUCCUGUUACAGUGUAACAUACUGAGAUAGAACAACUCAAUAAGGAAUGUUUGAAUCCCACUUCCCUUCUAAGAAGAGUUAGAUAUAAUAUGUUGUAUUAACUAUUUAUAAAUUAAAAACUGCUCAAUUUCAGCAUAUCAAAUUCACUGUUAUUGUUGUUUUUAAGUGUUAUUUGAAUGCUCUCACUAAAUCUGCCAGACAAAUCUGAAUUGUUGGUUUGUGCCUCAACAAUUUUACCUUGUCAGUAUUUUAAAAGGUGUUUUUCAAUGUGUGUAGAAGUAACUAAUUUCAUUAUUGCAACAACAAUGAAUCAUGUAAAUACAGUAUCCAGGUAUUCAUCAGUGAUUUUGGUUGAAGAUCUUUGUGAUGAAAUAAUGCAUACAGUCCAAUAAGGGACACAAUUAAUGAUAGUUGGAUAACAUUAUUUGUAAAACCAUGUAUGUUUACUUGUAUCACAUGAAAUAAAAUAGUUUUAUGAAAAUGA